CGGCCGGCGGCGGGCAUGGCUGGGGGGCGGCGGCCGGCGGGGCUCGCCCUGGGCUGGGGCUGCUGCCUGCUGCUGUGCUGCGCUGCAGCCAGCAAGCUGGAGAUCUCCAUGCCAGCUGAGCUGGAAGUGGAGUUCGGGGGCACAGCCAGGAUUGAGUGCAACUUCCACAUCCCUGAAAAUGCUUCCUACUCCUACAUCGACUGGUUCUAUGUGGACCGCGGCGACAAGCAGGUGAGGCUGUACCACAUCACGGCCAGCGAGGUCGUGGAGGACAGCACAGACUACAAGAACCGGGUGUCACUGGGGCAGGACAAGGCCCUGUCCAUCAGUCCAGUGACAGUGCAGGACGCCAGGACCUUCGUGUGCCAGGUUGCAGCUGGCAGCUACGGCGUGGGCGAGAGCAGCACUGAGCUCAGAGUCUACAAGGUCCCCCAGACCCCGGAGAUCGUGCCCAACUCAGCGGGCAUCCCUGUGAGCAGCGCUGAAAUCUCAGAGAUUGCCAGGUGCGAGAGCAAAAACGGCUUCCCUCUUCCCAACAUCACUUGGCACAAGAACGGGGAAGAGCUGCAUGCCGAGGAGAACCAGGUGCAGAUCCAGAUGACGGUGACGCGCGAGUCCAGCGGGCUGUACACGGUGAGCAGCAAGCUGCUGGCGUUCGUCACGCGCGAGGAUCGCCUGUCCCGCUACCACUGCACCGUGCACUACUUGGUUCGGGGCCAGAGCCAUACCCUGAAGUCAAAGGAGGUCAAGGUCGACAUCUUCUACCCUGUGGAGACCCUGAAGCUGCAGGUGGUGCCAUCCUCGGCGCUGGUGAAGGAAGGGGACAAUGUGACACUGGUCUGUGAGGCUGAUGGGAAUCCACAACCUAUCUUCAGCUUCUUUAAGAAAAACCUGGAUGAGUGGCAGGAGCUGACAGACUCCGACGGCGGGAUCCUGAACCUGCGCGAUGUGAACAAGAGCAGCAGUGGCAGAUACAUGUGCCAGUCCCUGGACCUGGAGGCUGAUAUGUCACAGAAACAGGACACUGUGGAUCUUGUUGUGAACUACAUUGAAGGGGUCCAUGUGAAGAUGGAGCCGUCCUCAACUGUUCGUGAAGGGGAGAGUGUGAAGCUGAUCUGUGGUGCCCAGAGCCCUGUGGACCUGCAGUACCAGUGGAGGGAUGAGAAGGGCAAGGAGGUGGGUGUUGGGAGCCAGCUCACCCUGAGAAACCUCACCUUCGAAACCUCCAACACUGUCAGCUGCAAGGUGAUGGCCCCGAGCGUGCCGGGGCUGGAGCAGAGCAAGAAAGUGUCUGUGGCUGUCGAAGGGAAGCCCCGCAUCGUGGCCAUCAGCUCCCCGCUGUACGUGCGCCAGGACGAGAUUGUCAACCUGACCUGCAAGGCCAUCGCCUUCCCCCGGCCCAAUUUCCAGUGGAGCAUCAAUGGCACGACUCACGAGUACACGGACAAGCAGCACAUCGCCAGCAACCUGACGGUGCGGGUGAGCCACGACCUGCUGCAGGCAGGAGCCAUGUGCCGGGUGUCCAACAGUCUGGGUGUCAGUGAGAAGCACAUCCAGCUGGUGGAUCAAAAGUCAACAGCAGAGAGCCAAGGGGUGAUCAUCGUGGCCAUCAUCGUGGCCAUCCUGGUGGUGGCUGUGCUGGGCGCUGUCAUCUACUUCCUGCACAAGAAAGGCAAGAUCCCGUGUGGCCGUGCUGGGAAGCAGGACAUCACAAAGCCAGAGGCCCGUAAAGACAAGAUUGUAGUUGAAGUUAAGUCAGAUAAACUUUCCGAAGAGGCGGGGCUGCUGCAGGGCGCCAACGGCGAGAAGAGAGCCGCAGCUGACCAGAGCGAGAAAUACAUCGAUCUGAGAAACUAGAGCGGAAACCUCCUAAGUGCUUUCUUCCUUCCAACCUUUCCUGCUCUUGGAUUGCCUUCUCCCACCCCUGCUCCAGCCCCUGGGGAGCACGGCCAGAGACCCCCCGUGUGUCACCGUGCUGGGCGUGCAGGGGACACCUCCCUGACUCACCUGGCCAUUACCUCAGCCCUGGGCUUGCAGGUGUUGCCUUAUCAGCCAAGCUGGACUCGCUUUACUACUCCAGAGAAGCCACAGCAAUAUUAGGAAGAACUAUAUCCCAUUAAUCCCUACUUGGUGGAAGGAUUUGAGGCUUUCAGGUAAUCUGUGCUGUACGUGUUGUGGGAAGGUUUUGAUGCGUUCUUUUUACCCUGACCUUGCUCAGAGAGGCUGGUGAAAUUUGGUUUUUUGGGAUGUCUGAGGCACCUUAGCUGUAGUGGGUGCAGGUUGGAGGAGAGAGGAGUGGAAGGGAUGUGUUAGAGAAGUGUUUGCAGCUCUAAGAGGUUCUGAGUGCUUUGCUUUGUCUUUGAGUGUGCCUGGGUCAGUGCUGUGAUCCCACAGGAGGAGAGGACCUGGCAGAGCAAGGAAGGGGAGCCAGUGACCACAAAGGCUUUGGGGUGUGUGCUUUGGAGCCAGUGCCCACAAAAGCUUUGGGGUGUGUGCUUUGGAGCCACUGGCCACAAAGGUUUUGGGGUCUGUGCUUUGGAGCCAGUGGCCACAAAGACUUUGGGGUGUGUGCUUUGGAGCCAGUACCCACAAAAGCUUUGGGAUUUGUGCUUUGGAGCCAGUGCCCCCAAAGGCUCAGGGCUGUGUGCUUUGGAGCUGUGCUGACCCGAGGGACAGGGCUCCCCUCUCCCCUCUGAACUGGGUUUGGUGCAGGGACACUGCCCCAGCAGGACCCCACAGACUGAAAUUCAAUAUUUGGGCCAGUCAGUGACGUCUCAGGGUUUUUUGUGCUCAGCCCCAGGUCCAGCUCCUCUCUGUGCUUGGCUGGCACCUCUGGCCCCACGGGGAGGGGGGAGAUGGACAAGAACCUGCCCGAGCUUCUGUGCCAGCCCUGCCCUGGCUCACCCUGAGGGACCAGCCCCUCCUGCCUGUCCCUCACCUCCUCUGAGCUCUGCUGGCCCCUUUGUCCCCUGGCUGUCCCAGCCCUGAGCAGAGGGAGCCAUCCCUGCCUGCUACACGUGGUGUCUGAGCAAAAGCUUUGGUUUAUAUAUAUUUUUGUUGGAUUGUGUGUACAUUUCCAGGAGUUUUAUUUUUCUUUUUGGUUUUUUUUUGUCCGAUACUUGCAAAGUUUUUUUUUUUAUAUAUGUGAAAAUAAAGUACGGAUUCAAAGCUGA